AUGAGAAAAGGACAGACGUAUUAUGAAAUAUUAAAUGUUACACCAAGCACUACCUCUGGUGAAUUAAAAAGAAUCUAUAAGGAGUUAUUAUUAUCUACACAUCCUGAUAAGGUAGAACAAAAUUUGCAAAAUUCUAGAAGCAUUCUUUCACAAAAGAUACAUUCAAUCGAUAAAAUAACAGAAGCAUAUAGGGUUCUAUCUGAUGAAAAACUACGGAAGGAAUACGACAAGAACUUAUUAGAAGAGAAUAAGAAAAGCGGGGUUUAUAAAUUUGGUGAAGGUGUGGAUGAAGUGUCUUUAGAUAGUUUUGAUUUUCUAGAGGAAACAGAAGAAUAUACAAAAAAAUGUCCUAGAUGUCAAACUAAUGGGAGUUUCAAAUUGACUGAUGAUUUGCUGGAGGAAUUUGCUGUAGAAUCUGCAGAGAGUCAGGAUGGCAUGUUUCAAGUACUUACUCAAUGUACAUCAUGUAGUCUAUGGUUGAAGGUGAAUUUCUAUGCUGUAGAUGAUUAUGAAGAUGAAGAUUGA